AUGUCCACGAUAGUUGUUCGCCGCCAACCACGCAGCAAAGGCUGUGAACAAUGCAUUUCGCGUCGCGUCAAGUGCGAUGAAAGAGCCGGAUGCUGCAAAAAAUGCGCGCGCUUUGGGCUCCCAUGCUCGGGAGCUAUUCGCGGGGCAGUCUUCCUUGACAUGACUGAGAAGGUGACCUGCAGCUCUUUGAGGCCGCGAAAGAAGAGGAGAAGCAGGGUUGCCACCACCAAAGCAACGACAAAAGAGCAAAUAGAGGAACCUCUCCCUGCAAAGGGUUCGACAGAGCGACAAAGCAGUACGGAAGGAAGCGAAGAGAACAAUUCUAUCGCAAUUUCAUCCUCUUGCUAUAACAGUACAUUGGAAAAUGAAGCAGAAAUAUCUUACCUAGACCUUCUUGAAAACGAUGAUGAAAGCGAUGACAUCGAUGGUGGUAUAGUGUACCAACCAAAUAGCACAUCUGCCUCCCAUUUCGACGACGACAAAUGCUUCGGCAUGGCUUUCGACAGUUACAUCAACAUCCCACCAGAGUUGGACGCUUCAUCCUACAACGAAUAUUGCUUUGUUGGCAACUUUGCUCAACUUAUCGUCAGCUCUCGUCGGAGCUAUUCAUCUCUCAGGCCACAAUCUUGGAUACUCGAGCUUCCCCACCUAGCAGCGACAAAUGCUUUGCCAUCCUCUCUCAGAUAUGCGAUGCACGCGGCAGCACUAUUGUACCAUGCAGUCACCAAUAACGAUAUCAGAGCCAAGGUAGCUGCCGUAAGGUGGUAUCUGGCCGGGAUACAGAGCUAUCGUGCUACGAUACUCAAACCGCAAACCAAAAAGGCACUCAUGGCCCCUGUGACGGAGGAGACUCAAACGUCCGAGGAACCAUGUAUAUCGGAAAUUGCAGAAAUAUGUGUUCCAAUCAUGUUUUCCUUCUAUGAGGCUCUGCAGGGCGGAAGCUCAGCCGCAGAGCUGCUUCACCACGCGGCAGCUACCGAGAUGCUGGAGGCACGGGGCCCAGAGAAGUGUGUCAGUGGCCUCGCUCAUAGUGUUAUGCGCUCAUUAAGAGUCAGAGAGGCCUUUUACUCCAUUAUGAACAACCGAACUGCCAACUUCUCCUCGCCUGAGUGGCUAUCAAUUCCCUUUCAACAGAAGCAUAAGAUAUAUUACGACCGGCUCAUAGAUGUUCUCCUCUCCUUCACUAGAGUGCUUCGCCUUCCAUACAUGAACCACAAAGGUGCAACACUGAGGCGUUCAGUAAAUCGGGUUCACGACCUCUCUACAGCUCGCAAAGCUGAUAUCGAAGAAAAGGCAAACACUCUCCUAGCAAAGCUGCAGGAGUGGUGGCUAGGUUUCAUACAAGAGCACUACGAAGUCAUGACAUUAAAUCCAGAAUGUUCAUUCAGCCCGGAAAACGCCUACAUGACUGUUGCUUCUCCCUCAUCGGUCCUCCCUCUAUCCGGGCCCUGGAUGGUCGCCAAUAGCGAAACGCUCACCGCGAGCAUGCUUUCCAUAUACAGCGCCAUUCAUAUGGUCAUCCACACUAUUCUCCUUGUGGUUUCUCUAUCGAAACCCCCAAACUUUCUUGGUCCCGACGGUCAGCCAGAGGUUGAUGCACACCAGGCUGCGAUUUCAGCGUAUGCCACGGGUGUUUUCAAUGCUUCUAUGUAUCUGAACAUGAUCAAUCCCUUUUGUGGAGAUUCAGUUCGUACAAAUUUCUCUGUGACUAUCGUUUCUCAGUUCGCUUUGGAAGACUCACAGCGUGAUGAAGCUCGUCGCAUGCUCAGCCAGUGGAAGGUUCAUACUCAAGAGUGGCCCAAUUGCUCAGAGAGCACAAAAUCAGAUGGUCUUGUUUUAUAA